AUGAGUUCGAAUAUAUCUUCUACAACUCUAAAGAGUUGGAGAGAACGUUCUCCUUCUUCCUUUGCCCUCAAAGUCGAAAUCCUCUCCGAACUCCAAAGCUCAACACUCUACUCUGAUGGAAAAUACAAAUCUUCUCGUUUCUCCUCCGGUGGAUACGACUGGAGAAUGAUUAUAUACCCUGAAGGGAACGAUAAGGACAAUGGGAGUGGAUUUAUUUCAAUGUAUGUUGAAAUAGAUAGCACAAGCCUCGUGUCCACACAACAAUCUGAGGUGCAUGCGGAUCUACGGUUUUUCAUCUUUAACAAAAAAGAAAACAAGUACUUUACUAUUCAAGAUGUGGAAUCCAAGCGAUUCAAUACAUUAAGAACGGUGUGUGGAUUACCGCAAGUGCUUGCGCUUGAUACAUUCAAUAACCCUAAAAACGGAUACAUCUUCGAUGGAGAUCAUUGUGAGUUUGGUGUUGAUGUCAUCGUUGCUCCACCUCCUACCAAAUGGGAAAUCCUCUCUUUUGGUGAGAGACUUCCGUAUCCCAAGUUCUCUUGGAUUGUUAAGAAUUUCUCCAAGAUAAACGAGAAUCCUCACAUAUCAAACAGUUUUUCAAUGGGAGGAAAAAAUUGGGUUGUAAAGUUAUAUCCUAAGGGCUACUCUACACACAAUAAUAAAUGGUUAUCCAUUUUUCUGUUUUUGGAAGAUGGUGAAAUUUUAAAGGAAGAUGAAAAGGUUUACGUGGAAGCAGAUUUGAAAGUUAAAGACCCACUUGGAUCCAAUCACUUGUCAUACGAGCUUAACUGGUGGCUCGAAAAGGCAGGCACCGGUUUAGGUUGGGAUCACUAUGUGUCUUCAGCUGAUCUUCGAAAGACUUAUCUGGACAAGGAGGACACUUUGAAAGUUGAGAUCGUGUUUAAAGUUGUUUCUACGACCAAAUACUCUUCCUUUACCUAA